AAGGGGAAAAAACAAAACAAAAACAAAAACAAAAAUUCCUUUCCUCCGCUCCAACUCCAACUCCAACCCUCCUCUUACUAACAGUUUUAAUUUUCAACCUCUCCACUAUUUCUAUUAUUCCGUUUUAGAAAUUCUUCUAUCUAACCUUCUCUUCCUCCAAUUAUAGAAAUUCUAUUUACUGCAAUUUCCUUCUUCUUCAUCUGUCUUAAAGAAAAUAAAAUCUCAAAACCCAUAAAUCUCGAUCUCAAAAAUUUCCGGGUGGGUCAGAAUCUUCGUCACUCUUUCUCGGUCUCUCCCUUUUCCCUUUGCAUUUCUCUUUCUCUUACUCUCCUCACCCAAUCUAUGCUUGCACCUUCUUUGGUACCUGUACCCAAUUUUGGUAAAAAUUUUUUUACGCGGCGGUUCUCGAAGAUAUCGCUGUCCAUAUUCAGCUCACCGGGUGAUGACGCGAUUUUGAUUUGUUGUUGUGCAAGUGAAAUAAUCCUGAUUUAAUAAUAAUUUCUGCUCAAUUGCAAGUGGGACUGGAUGAGUGUGAAAGAUUUAGGGUCUUCUGGAUGUAAAGUUUUUGGUUUUGUUGCUGCUUUUUUCAAUUUUAAGUUUUUUUUUUUGGGUUUAAAUGCUCCUGGGAGGGAUCUAGGGUUUUUAGCUAGAGUAGUAGUGGCGUUUUUUGUGGUGAUUUUUGUUCCGGUUGUGGGUUUUGUUGUCCGCCUGAAAUGGCGGAGGUCGGUGGCCAGGAGGGAGGAGAUCAAGCGCCUUUUGGUUCUGGUUUCAGAGGAGACUGCAAGGCUGAGCUUGAGGCUGAGGGGGACUUUGGCUAUGGCUAUGAUGAUGGGCAUAAUGGUUAUGGCUACAGCAGCUCGUUGGCGGAAGUAGCUGCAGAAGAGCCCGUGCCGGAAUCUGUGGCAGAAGUGGAGGGACCGGUGGAGGUUAAUGUUGGGGCACAACCUCCUGCGGCAGCUGUUCAGGCGCCGCGCGCGAUUGCCGUACCAGUGUGAGGUGUGCAGUUCUCCGACCACCACACGGUGCGCGCGGUGUAAAGCAGUUCGUUACUGCUCCGGUAAAUGUCAAAUUAUUCACUGGAGACAAGGUCACAAGGAUGAAUGUCAGCCAUUUACAUUUGAUGACCAAAGCCAUAAAAUGGGUAUCACUUCUCCUGUGAAGCUGAAGGCAAAACAGAACGAAAUUCACAAGAAUAGUUUUGAGACAGGAGUGAGAUAUCCUGCUAAGGCAGAUGAAACAUCUUCUGGAGAAGCUUCUGAUUCCAGUCUUUCAAAUUCAUCAGAUUGGGCAGAGAACGAAGUGGACAUUUCUACUGAUGAGAAAGAAUUUCAAAAUCGAAGUUGA